AUAUUUACACACCGUCCGGUUUAACGGAGCGCGUGCUCUCCGUGCCACGGUUCCUAUGACGUCACACUCCGUACUGCGGCGCCAGCAUCAUGACCGGAUGAAGGGCAGAGACUCUGCGCCAAACGGAGCGAUGUAUUAAAGUAAACACAAGUCCUGCGUUGUCGCUGCUGAUCAGUUCGGGGACGCGUUUGUGUGCAAAUGAGACUUUCUGCGUUUCAGCUCCAGGGACCGUAAAUCAGCCGCCGACGCGCGCGCGCACUCACACACUCACUACAUUAUACACAGUGCCAAGCAGCAUCUGAGGAAAGAACAAAUCCAGAAGCAUGGAUGUGAAGAACAUGAGAGAAUACAUGGGCUGGUUGUACUACCAGUAUCUCCUCAUCACAGGCAUCUACGUCCUUGAACCGUGGGAGAAGUCCAUCUUCAAUACGGUCCUCUUCACCAUGGUGGCAAUGGUGGUCUACACUUCCUAUGUCUUCGUGCCCAUCCACGUGCGCCUGGCACUGGAGUUUUUCUCAGGACUUUGCGGGGAGCAGCCAGAGAGCACCGUAGCUCUGAUUAACUAACAAAUCUAGGCACAAACCCGGAGACACAUGAGCUUUGUUUGUGUUUUUUUUUUUUUGUCUUGUUUUAGAGUCGGAUGAGUUUCUCAGGAAGAUUCAGGAGUGAUAAAAGAAGAAAAUGAAUCAUGUCCAAUCUGUCUUCUCCUCUCCCAUCUUGCCAUCACGGUGACACCAGGUGUGAUGGUACAGAAUUGGACCUGAAUGACUGCACGUAUUUUGCAUGACAGGACAGAUCCUUGACUUAUGAUCAUUUGCAUGCGGCUGCUUCGUCACCGGUUUUUACCCAUUAUUCGAUUCACAGAUAUGACAGUGAGAUGAAGCGUGCGUUACUCGCUCUCUCGAUAGUCACGUUUACACAAAAAAAAAAACGUCUCGAUCUUCUUCGAAUCCGUGUACGUAUUCACGUUUCCUACGCGAUCAGUCCGGUCCGAGUCCAAAGCGUUUUAACCGUUAUCUGAUAUUGUAAUAUCGAUUGUCUGAUUGAUUUUAAGGGGGGCACGGUGGCUUAGUAGUUAGCACGUUCGCCUCACACCUCCAGGGUCGGGGGUUCGAUUCCCGCCUCCGCCUUGUGUGUGGAGUUUGCAUGUUCUCCCCGUGCCUCGGGGGUUUCCUC